AUGGCUCCUUCUGUAUGGUUUUCCCAGCUCUCUCUUUUCCAAAAUUCCUCUUGCCUCCACCUUUUCAAAAUCCCCUUCUUCUCCUCUACCUUGACAUCACGCCAUUCAAAACCACGCCGGAGCAAGAAUAAUAAUACUGAGUUUCCCCCCAACCCCACGGGGCGAAAACAGGUCUCCAACUCCCAACGUUUCUCCACAAUCAGCGGGACAGCCUCCCUCGCUCUAUCCGACCACACGAUCUCCAGCGCAAUGACUGGCGAUAGCCGUCUGGCUGAAAUUAAAGAACUCGGUGCGGGUCUAGAACGUCUUGAGAACAAACCCCUCUCCAAACAGCGAUUUGUGCCUACAGCCGAGAAAACAGAUAAUCUCAACAAGCUCGCUCUGGGUGCGAAGGUGGAACGUGCGCUAGGUAGGAGAAUGUCCAGCCAGGACGCCAUCAUGCGCAAGCGCACUUCGGUAGAUGAGGAAAAACAGGCCUUCAAGAUGCAGGCGGACGUCUGA